GAUGGCGGCGGCGGCGGCGGCGGUGACGGCGCUUCCCGUGCGGCUGAGGGCGAUCAGCCAGUGAGCGCCGAGACUGUUUCCACUUCGGGCGGGGGAGCGCCGGCCUGGCUCGGCUCUCUGGGCAGCGGAGCUUGCUGUCCCACCUCCGUCGAAACCGACCUUUCCCCGACCACCCCUCAACCCCUGUUUUCCCCUGCCUUCCUUGCAGAGGCCAUGGAGGACGAGGAGAGACAGAAGAAGCUGGAAGCCGGCAAAGCCAAGCUUGCCCAGUUUCGACAAAGAAAAGCUCAAUCGGAUGGGCAGAAUCCUUCUAAGAAGCAGAAAAAAAAGAGAAAAACGACAAGCAGUAAACAUGAUGUGUCAGCACACCAUAAUUUGAAUGUUGAUCAAUCACAGUGUGAUGAAAUGUACAUAAAUAGUUCUCAGAGAGUAGAAUCAACUGUGACUCCUGAAUCUACAAUAAUGAGAACUCUACCUAGUGGAGAAAUAACCAGUCAUGAGCAGGUCUUCUCUGUGGAACUGGAAAGUGAAAUUUCAACCACAGCAGAUGACUACAGUUCAGAGGUAAAUGGUUGCAGUUUUGUGAUGAAAACAGGAAAACCUACAAAUUUAUUAAGGGAAGAAGAAUUUGGUGUUGAUGAUUCUUAUUCUGAACAAGGAGCACAGUACAGUCUGACUCACCUAGAGAUGAUGGAAAGUGAGUUGGCUGGGAAGCAGCAUGAGAUUGAAGAGCUAAACAGAGAGCUGGAAGAAAUGAGGGUUACCUAUGGGACUGAAGGACUGCAGCAGUUACAAGAAUUUGAAGCUGCCAUUAAACAAAGAGAUGGCAUUAUAACCCAGCUCACUGCUAAUUUACAACAAGCAAGAAGAGAAAAGGAUGAGACAAUGAGAGAAUUUUUAGAGUUGACAGAACAGAGUCAAAAAUUACAGAUUCAGUUUCAGCAAUUGCAGGCUAGUGAAACUCUGAGAAACAGCACUCAUAGUAGCACAGCUGCAGACUUACUACAAGCCAAACAGCAGAUCCGCACUCAUCAACAGCAGCUUGAAGAACAAGACCACUUACUAGAAGAUUAUCAGAAAAAGAAAGAAGACUUCACAAUGCAAAUUAGUUUCUUGCAAGAAAAAAUUAAAGUAUAUGAAAUGGAACAAGAUAAAAAAGUAGAAAACUCAAAUAAAGAAGAAAUACAGGAAAAGGAGACAAUCAUUGAAGAAUUAAACACAAAAAUAAUAGAAGAAGAAAAGAAAACUCUUGAGCUAAAGGAUAAAUUAACAGCUGCUGAUAAAUUACUAGGAGAAUUACAAGAACAGGUUGUGCAAAAGAACCAAGAAAUAAAAAAUAUGAAAUUAGAGCUGACUAAUUCUAAGCAAAAAGAAAGACAAUCUUCUGAAGAAAUAAAACAGUUAAUGGGGACAGUCGAAGAACUUCAGAAGAGAAAUCAUAAAGACAGCCAGUUCGAAACUGAUAUAGUACAACGAAUGGAACAAGAAACACAAAGAAAGUUAGAACAACUCCGAGCAGAGCUGGAUGAGAUGUAUGGGCAGCAGAUAGUACAAAUGAAACAAGAAUUAAUAAGACAACACGUGUCACAGAUGGAGGAACUUAAAACACGGCAUAAGGGAGAAAUGGAGAAUGCUUUAAGGUCAUAUCCAAAUAUUACAGUUAAUGAAGAUCAGAUAAAGUUAAUGAAUGUGGCAAUAAAUGAACUGAAUAUAAAAUUGCAAGAUACUAACUCUCAAAAGGAAAAACUCAAGGAAGAACUAGGAGUAAUUUUAGAAGAAAAGUGUGCUCUGCAGAGACAGCUUGAAGACCUUUUUGAAGAAUUGAGCUUUUCAAGGGAACAAAUUCAGAGAGCUAGACAGACAAUAGCUGAACAAGAAAGUAAACUGAAUGAAGCACAAAAGUCCCUUAGUACAGUGGAAGAUUUGAAAGCUGAGAUUGUUUCUGCAUCUGAAUCCCGAAAGGAACUAGAAUUAAAACAUGAAGCAGAAGUUACAAAUUAUAAGAUAAAACUUGAAAUGUUAGAAAAAGAAAAGAAUGCUGUGUUAGACAGAAUGGCUGAAUCACAAGAAGCUGAAUUAGAGAGGCUGAGAACACAGCUUCUAUUUAGUCAUGAAGAAGAACUUUCCAAAUUGAAGGAAGAUUUAGAAAUUGAACAUCAAAUAAAUAUUGAAAAACUUAAAGAUAAUUUAGGCAUUCACUAUAAACAGCAGAUAGAUGGUUUACAGAAUGAAAUGAGUCAAAAGAUAGAAACCAUGCAGUUUGAAAAAGACAAUUUGAUAACUAAGCAGAAUCAAUUAAUUUUGGAAAUUUCGAAGCUAAAAGAUUUACAGCAGUCUCUUGUAAAUUCAAAGUCAGAAGAAAUGACUCUUCAAAUCAAUGAACUUCAAAAAGAAAUUGAAAUACUCAGACAAGAAGAAAAGGAAAAGGGUACACUUGAACAAGAAGUUCAAGAAUUACAACUUAAAAUAGAACUAUUAGAAAAACAGAUGAAGGAAAAAGAGAAUGAUCUUCAAGAAAAAUUCACACAACUUGAAGCAGAGAAUAGCAUUCUUAAAGAUGAAAAGAAAGCUCUUGAAGACAUGUUGAAAAUACAUACUCCGGAUAACCAAGAAGAAAGAUUGAUUUUCAUAGACUCCAUUAAGUCCAAAUCCAAAGACUCUGUCUGGGAAAAAGAAAUAGAAAUACUUACAGAGGAAAAUGAGGACCUCAAACAGCAAUGUAUUCAGCUAAAUGAAGAGAUUGAAAAGCAAAGGAACACUUUUUCAUUUGCGGAAAAAAACUUUGAAGUUAACUAUCAAGAGUUACAAGAGGAAUAUGCUUGCCUUCUCAAAGUAAAAGAUGAUUUAGAAGACAGUAAAAAUAAACAGGAAUUAGAGUAUAAAAGUAAGCUUAAAGCACUUAAUGAAGAGCUUCAUUUGCAAAGAAUAAAUCCAACUACAGUGAAAACGAAAAGUUCUGUCUUUGAUGAAGACAAAACUUUUGUAGCAGAAACAUUGGAAAUGGGUGAGGUUGUUGAGAAGGAUACAACAGAACUCAUGGAAAAACUUGAGGUAACCAAGCGAGAGAAAUUAGAGCUGUCACAGAGACUAGCUGAUCUUUCUGAACAAUUGAAACAGAAACAUGGUGAGAUUAGUUUUCUAAAUGAAGAAGUUAAAUCUUUAAAGCAAGAGAAAGAACAAGUUUUAUUGAGAUGUAGAGAGCUAGAAAUCAUUAUUAACCACAACAGGGCAGGAAAUGUACAGUCAUGUGAUACUCAAGUAAGCUCCUUAUCAGAUGGAGUUGUGACUAUGACAAGCAGGGAUGCUGAAGGAUCAGUUUCUAAAGUAAAUAAAAGUUUUGGUGAAGAAUCAAAAAUAAUGGUGGAAGAUAAAGUUUCUUUUGAAAAUAUGACUACUGGAAAAGAAAGUAAGCAAGAACAGUUGAUUUUGGAUCACUUACCAUCUGUAACAAAGGAAUCAUCACUUAGAGCAGCUCAACCAAGUGAAAAUGAUAAACUUCAGAAAGAACUCAAUGUACUUAAAUCAGAACAGAAUGAUUUAAGGCUACAGAUGGAAGCCCAACGCAUUUGCCUCUCUCUGGUUUAUUCAACUCAUGUGGAUCAGGUCCGUGAAUAUAUGGAAAAUGAAAAAGAUAAAGCUCUUUGCAGUCUUAAAGAGGAGCUUAUUUCUGCUCAAGAGGAAAAGAUCAAGGAACUUCAGAAAAUACACCAGUUAGAGCUACAGAAUACGAAAACUCAAGAAACAGGUGAUGAAGGAAAGCCUUUACAUCUGCUCAUUGGAAAACUUCGAAAGGCAGUGUCUGAAGAAUGUUCUUAUUUUUUACAGACUUUAUGCAGUGUCCUUGGUGAAUAUUAUACUCCUGCUUUAAAAUGUGAAGUAAAUGCAGAAGAUAGGGAGAAUUCUGGUGAUUACACUUCUGAAAAUGAAGAUUCAGAAUUACAAGAUUAUAGAUAUGAAGUUCAAGACUUUCAAGAAAAUAUGCACACUCUUCUCAACAAAGUAACAGAAGAAUACAACAAACUCUUGGUACUUCAAACACGACUAAGCAAGAUUUGGGGACAGCAAACAGAUGGUAUGAAACUUGAAUUUGGAGAAGAAAACCUUCCAAAAGAGGAAACAAAGUUUUUAUCAAUCCAUUCUCAGAUGACCAGUUUGGAAGACAGUGAUGUCAAUCAUAAAAGCAAGUUAUCUUCUCUACAACAUCUUGAAAAAACUGAACAACUUGAAGAACAAGUUCAAGAAUUAGAAAGCCUCAUAUCCUCUUUGCAGCAACAAUUGAAAGAAACUGAACAAAGCUAUGAGGCAGAGAUCCACUAUUUACGGAAGAGGCUUCAAGCUGUUAGUGAGUCCACAGUUCCGCCAAGCUUCCCCGUUGAUUCGGUGGUAAUUACAGAAUCUGAUGCACAGAGAACAAUGUACCCUGGAAGUUGUGUGAAAAAGAAUAUUGAUGGUACAAUAGAGUUUUCUGGUGAAUUUGGAGUGAAAGAGGAAACAAAUAUCGUUAAGUUGCUUGAAAAACAAUACCAAGAACAAUUAGAAGAAGAAGUAGCUAAGGUUAUUGUGUCAAUGAGUAUAGCAUUUGCUCAACAAACUGAACUGUCUAGAAUAUCUGGGGGAAAAGAAAAUACUACAUCAUCAAAGCAAGCACAUGCUGUGUGUCACCAAGAAAAACAGCAUUAUUUUAAUGAAAUGAAAUUAUCACAGGAUCAAACUGGUUUUCAGACUUUUGAGACAGUGGAUGUGAAAUUUAAAGAAGAAUUUAAACCACUUAGUAAAGAGUUAGGAGAACAUGGAAAGGAAAUUUUAUUAUCAAAUAAUGAUCCCGAUGAUAUACGAGAAUCAAAGGACUGUGUACUGACUAUUUCAGAAGAAAUGUUCUCCAAAGAUAAGACAUUUAUAGUCAGACAGUCUAUUCAUGAUGAGAUUUCGGUGUCAAGCAUGGAUGCUUCUAGACAACUAAUGUUGAAUGAAGAACAAUUGGAAGAUAUGAGGCAGGAACUUGUACGACAAUACCAAGAACAUCAACAGGCAACAGAAUUGUUAAGGCAGGCACAUAUGCGACAAAUGGAGAGACAGCGAGAAGACCAGGAACAGCUACAAGAAGAGAUUAAGAGACUUAAUAAACAAUUAGCCCAGAGAUCCUCCAUAGAUAAUGAAAACCUGGUUUCAGAGAGAGAGAGGGUGCUUUUAGAGGAGCUGGAAGCACUAAAGCAGCUGUCUUUAGCUGGAAGAGAGAAGCUGUGUUGUGAGCUGCGCAACAGCAGUACGCAAACACAGAAUGGAAAUGAAAACCAAGGAGAAGCUGAAGAACAGACAUUUAAAGAAAAGGAAUUGGACAGAAAACCUGAACAUGUGCCUCCUGAGAUUUUGUCUAAUGAAAGCUUGCAUGGAGGAAUUUGGCCCCUAAGAUUUUGGCUUCCCCAUUGGAUCAUCAGUAUGGAACGCAGUCAGUAUGGAACUCAAACAAGAAAGACAGUGUAUGCACUCCAGAAAGCUAAUAACAGACUUUUGAAGAUCCUUUUAGAAGUUGUAAAGACAACAGCAGCUGUUGAAGAAACAAUUGGUCGCCAUGUCCUUGGGAUUCUAGAUAGAUCUAGUAAAAGCCAGUCAUCUGCCAGCCUAAUUUGGAGGUCAGAAGCAGAGGCAUCUGUAAAGUCAUGUGUCCAUGAGGAACAUACAAGAGUUACAGAUGAAUCCAUUCCCUCUUAUUCUGGAAGUGAUAUGCCAAGAAAUGACAUUAAUAUGUGGUCAAAAGUAACUGAGGAAGGAACAGAGCUGUCACAACGACUCGUGAGGAGUGGUUUUGCUGGAACUGAAAUAGACCCUGAAAAUGAAGAACUUGUGCUGAACAUUAGCUCUCGACUACAAGCAGCAGUUGAAAAACUCCUAGAAGCCAUAAGUGAAACUAGCAGUCAGCUUGAACAUGCGAAAGUUACACAGACAGAGUUGAUGCGUGAGUCGUUUAGACAGAAACAAGAAGCAACAGAGUCCCUUAAGUGCCAAGAGGACCUUCGAGAGCGCCUUCAUGAGGAGUCCAGGGCCAGAGAACAGCUAGCUGUGGAGCUCAGUAAGGCUGAGGGUGUCAUUGAUGGCUAUGCAGAUGAAAAAACUCUUUUUGAAAGGCAAAUUCAGGAAAAAACUGAUAUAAUAGAUCGUCUUGAGCAGGAGUUGUUAUGUGCAAGUAACAGAUUGCAAGAAUUGGAGGCAGAGCAACAGCAGAUCCAAGAAGAAAGAGAAUUACUGUCCAGACAAAAGGAAGCUAUGAAAGCAGAGGCAGGCCCAGUUGAACAACGACUAGUAGAUGCUGCAGUCGAUGCAGCAGCGGGAGCAGAAUUACUACAGGAGACAGAAAAAUUAAUGAAGGAAAAACUAGAAGUACAAUGUCAAGCUGAAAAAGUACGUGAUGACCUUCAAAAACAAGUGAAAGCUCUAGAAAUAGAUGUGGAAGAACAAGUCAGUAGGUUUAUAGAGCUGGAACAAGAAAAAAAUGCUGAACUAAUGGAUUUAAGACAGCAAAACCAAGCAUUGGAAAAGCAGUUAGAAAAAAUGAGAAAAUUUUUAGAUGAGCAAGCCAUUGAUAGAGAACAUGAGAGAGACGUAUUCCAACAGGAAAUACAGAAACUAGAACAGCAACUUAAGGUUGUUCCUCGAUUCCAGCCUAUCAGUGAACAUCAAACUAGAGAGGUUGAACAGUUAACAAAUCAUCUGAAGGAAAAAACAGACAAAUGCAGUGAGCUUUUGCUCUCUAAAGAGCAGCUUCAAAGGGAUAUACAGGAAAGGAAUGAAGAAAUAGAGAAACUGGAGUUCAGAGUAAGAGAACUGGAGCAGGCGCUACUUGUGAGUGCAGAUACUUUUCAAAAGGUAGAGGACCGAAAACAGUUUGGAGCUGUAGAAGCUAAACCAGAAUUGUCCCUAGAAGUACAACUGCAGGCUGAGCGAGAUGCCAUAGACAGAAAGGAAAAAGAGAUUACAAACUUAGAAGAGCAAUUAGAACAGUUUAGAGAAGAACUGGAAAAUAAGAAUGAAGAAGUUCAACAAUUACAUAUGCAAUUAGAAAUACAGAAAAAGGAAUCUACUACCCGCCUACAAGAACUUGAACAAGAAAACAAAUUAUUUAAGGAUGACAUGGAGAAACUGGGACUUGCCAUAAAGGAAUCUGAUGCUGUGUCUACUCAAGACCAACAUGUACUAUUUGGGAAAUUUGCCCAAAUAAUACAGGAAAAAGAGGUAGAAAUUGACCAAUUAAAUGAACAAAUUAUGAAACUCCAGCAGCAACUUAAAAUUACGACAGAUAACAAGGUUAUUGAAGAAAAAAAUGAACUGAUAAGGGAUCUUGAAACCCAGAUAGAAUGUUUGAUGAGUGAUCAAGAAUGUGUGAAGAGAAAUAGAGAAGAAGAAAUAGAGCAGCUCAAUGAAGUGAUUGAAAAACUUCAACAGGAAUUGGCAAAUAUUGGACAGAAGACACUAGUGGAUGCUCAUUCCCUCCCAGAAGAAGCAGACAGUUUAAAACAUCAAUUGGAUAUGGUUAUAGCUGAAAAGCUGGCUUUGGAACAGCAAGUAGAAACCACUAAUGAAGAAAUGACCUUCACGAAAAAUAUACUUAAAGAAACCAAUUUUAAAAUGAAUCAGCUAACACAGGAAUUAUUCAGCUUAAAGAGAGAACGUGAAAGUAUGGAAAAGAUUCAAAGUAUACCAGGGAAAAGUGUUAACAUGGCCAUAGAUGAUAUGAGCAAAGACAAACCUGAACUGGAAGUAGUCCUUACAGAGGAUGCUCUUAAAUCCUUAGAAAAUCAGACAUACCUCAAAUCUUUUGAAGAAAAUGGCAAAGGUUCCAUAAUUAAUUUGGAAACAAGGUUGCUACAACUUGAGAGCACUGUUAGGGCAAAGGACUUAGAACUUACCCAGUGUUAUAAACAAAUAAAAGACAUGCAAGAACAAGGCCAGUCUGAAAUAGAAGUGCUUCAAAAGAAGAUUCUAAAUCUACAGAAAAUACUUGAAGAAAAAGUGGCUGCUGCUCUUGUGAGUCAAAUCCAACUUGAGGCAGUUCAGGAAUAUGCAAAGUUCUGUCAAGAUAAUCAAACAAUUUCAUCAGAACCUGAAAGAACAAAUAUUCAGAAUUUAAAUCAACUAAGAGAAGAUGAGUCAGGGUCAAAUAUAUCAGCAUUAACCUUGAGAAUAUCAGAAUUAGAAAGCCAGCUUGUUGAAAUGCAUACUAGUUUGAUUUUAGGAAAAGAACAAGUAGAAAUUGCAGAAAAAAAUGUUUUAGAAAAAGAAAAGAAGCUGCUAGAACUACAGAAGCUAUUGGAGGGCAAUGAGAAAAAACAGGGAGGGAAAGAAAGGAAAAGAAGCCCUCAAGAUUUUGAAGUUCUCAAGACAACUACUGAGCUAUUUCAUAGCAAUGAGGAAAGUGGAUUUUUAAAUGAACUCGAGGCUCUUAGAGCUGAAUCGGUGGCUACUAAAGCACAACUUACCGGUUAUAAAGAAAAGACUGAAAAACUUCAAGGAGAGCUUUUGAUAAAAGAAACAAAUAUGGCAUCUCUUCAAAAAGACUUAAGCCAAGUUAGGGAUCACCUCGCAGAGGCAAAAGAGAAAUUGUCCAUUUUAGAAAAAGAAGAUAAGACUGCGGUACAAGAAAACAAAAAGGCCUGCAUGUUCAAGCCACUUCCUGUAAAACUGAGUAAAAGCAUUGCAUCCCAGACAGAUGGGACUCUGAAGGUCAAUAGCAGCAAUCAGACUCCACAAAUUCUUGUUAAGAAUGCAGGAAUACAAAUUGAUUUACAGAGUGAAUGUUCCUCAGAAGAAGUUACUGAAAUAAUCAGUCAGUUUACUGAAAAAAUUGAGAAGAUGCAAGAACUACAUGCUGCUGAAAUUUUGGACAUGGAAUCCAGACAUAUUUCAGAAACUGAAACCUUAAAGAGGGAACACUAUGUUGCUGUUCAGUUACUGAAAGAGGAAUGUGGUACCUUGAAGGCAGUGAUACAGCGUCUGAGAAGUAAAGAGGGAUCCGCAAUUCCUGAGUUAACACAUUCUGAUGCUUACCAGACUAGAGAAAUAUGCUCCAGUGAUUCUGGAUCAGACUGGGGUCAGGGAAUUUAUCUUACACACAGUCAAGGAUUUGACACAGCAUCAGAAGGCCAAGGAGAAGAAAGUGAAAGUGCAACAGAUUCCUUUCCAAAGAAAAUAAAGGGAUUACUGAGAGCUGUCCAUAAUGAAGGCAUGCAGGUGCUUUCUCUCACUGAGUCUCCCUAUAAUGAUGGAGAGGACCAUUCUAUUCAGCAGAUUUCAGAAUCUUGGCUAGAAGAGAGAAAAGCUUACCUCAGUACAAUCUCAUCUCUACAGGAUUUAAUUACCAAAAUGCAACUGCAAAGAGAAGCUGAGGUUUAUGAUAGUUCUCAAUCUCACGAGAGCUUCUCAGACUGGCGAGGUGAACUACUGCUUGCCCUUCAACAAGUUUUCUUAGAAGAGCGUAGUGUUUUACUAGCGGCAUUUCGGACGGAGCUGACAGCUCUAGGUACUACAGAUGCAGUUGGCUUACUAAACUGUUUGGAACAGAGAAUUCAAGAACAGGGUGUUGAAUAUCAAGCAGCUAUGGAAUACCUGCAGAAAGCAGAUAGAAGGAGUUUGUUAUCUGAAAUUCAGGCACUGCAUGCACAAAUGAAUGGCAGGAAAAUUACUCUGAAAAGAGAACAAGAGAAUGAGAAAUCAAGCCAAGAACUCUUGGAAUAUAAUAUACAGCAGAAGCAGUCUCAAAUGCUGGAGAUGCAAGUGGAGCUCAGCAGUAUGAAAGACAGAGCAACGGAACUGCAGGAGCAGCUGAGUUCUGAGAAAAUGGUGGUGGCUGAACUGAGGAGUGAGCUUGCACAAACUAAACUGGAACUAGAAACAACACUCAAGGCACAGCAUAAACACCUAAAGGAAUUGGAGGCUUUCAGGUUGGAAGUUAAAGAUAAGACAGAUGAAGUACAUUUGCUUAAUGACACAUUAGCAAGUGAACAGAAAAAAUCAAGAGAGCUCCAAUGGGCUUUGGAGAAAGAGAAAGCGAAGUUGGGACACAGUGAAGAACGGGAUAAAGAAGAACUUGAGGAUCUGAAGUUUUCACUUGAGAGUCAGAAACAAAGGAAUCUUCAGCUAAAUCUACUUUUGGAACAACAGAAACAACUACUGGACGAAUCCCAGCAAAAAAUAGAAUCACAGAGAAUGCUAUAUGAUGCCCAGUUGUCAGAAGAACACGGUCGAAACUUAGAGCUUCAAGUACUUCUUGAAUCUGAGAAAGUUCGAAUUCGGGAAAUGAGUAGUACCCUAGAUAGGGAGCGGGAAUUGCACGCACAGCUGCAGAGCAAUGAUGGUACUGGGCAGUCUCGGCCAUCCUUGCCCUCAGAGGACCUACUGAAAGAGCUGCAGAAACAGCUAGAGGAAAAACACAGUCGCAUAGUAGAACUGUUAAAUGAGACUGAAAAAUAUAAACUGGAUUCUUUGCAAACACGACAGCAAAUGGAAAAAGAUAGGCAGGUUCAUAGGAAAACACUGCAGACAGAACAAGAGGCCAACACUGAGGGACAGAAAAAAAUGCAUGAGCUCCAGUCCAAAGUGGAAGAUCUUCAGCGCCAGCUGGAAGAGAAAAGACAACAAGUUUAUAAGUUAGACCUUGAAGGACAGAGACUACAAGGAAUCAUGCAGGAAUUCCAGAAGCAAGAACUAGAACGAGAAGAAAAACGAGAAAGUAGAAGAAUUCUGUAUCAGAACCUUAAUGAGCCAGCCACGUGGAGCUUAACCAGUGAUCGAACUAGAAAUUGGGUUCUUCAACAGAAAAUAGAAGGAGAAACAAAGGAAUCAAACUACGCUAAAUUGAUUGAAAUGAAUGGAGGAGGAACCGGCUGUAAUCAUGAAUUAGAAAUGAGCAGACAAAAGCUUCAAUGUGUAGCUUCAAAACUACAGGUUCUAGCCCAGAAAGCCUCUAAGAGACUACAGUUUGAAAUAGCAGAUGAUGAAGAUUUCAUUUGGGUUCAGGAAAAUAUUGAUGAAAUUAUUUUACAACUACAGAAAUUAAUUGGCCAACAAGGUGAAGAGCCCAGCUUGGUGUCCCCAAGUACUUCUUGUGGCUCCUUGACUGAAAGACUACUGAGACAAAAUGCUGAGCUGACAGGGCAUAUUAGUCAACUGACUGAAGAGAAGAAUGACUUAAGGAACAUGGUUAUGAAGCUGGAAGAGCAGAUCAGGUGGUAUCGACAGACAGGAGCUGGUAGAGAUAAUUCUUCCAGGUUUUCAUUGAAUGGUGGUGCCAACAUUGAAGCCAUCAUUGCCUCUGAAAAAGAGGUAUGGAACAGAGAAAAAUUGACUCUCCAGAAAUCUUUGAAAAGGGCAGAGGCUGAAGUAUACAAACUGAAAGCUGAACUAAGAAAUGACUCUUUACUUCAAACUCUAAGCCCUGAUUCUGAACAUGUCACUUUAAAGAGAAUUUAUGGCAAAUACUUGAGGGCAGAAAGUUUUCGAAAGGCUCUCAUUUACCAGAAGAAAUAUCUGCUGCUGUUACUGGGUGGGUUCCAGGAAUGUGAAGAUGCCACUUUGGCCCUGCUUGCCCGGAUGGGGGGGCAGCCAGCUUUCACGGAUCUAGAGGUGAUCACCAAUCGCCCAAAGGGCUUCACCAGGUUUCGGUCGGCCGUCAGAGUAUCCAUUGCAAUUUCCAGAAUGAAAUUUUUGGUUCGACGGUGGCAUCGAGUCACAGGUUCUGGUUCCAUCAAUAUUAACAGAGAUGGCUUUGGACUGAAUCAAGGUGCAGAAAAGACUGACUCAUUUUUUCAUUCUUCUGGUGGGCUGGAGCUAUAUGGAGAACCAAGACACACAACGUAUCGCUCAAGAUCAGAUCUGGACUAUAUUAGGUCCCCUUUACCAUUUCAGAAUAGGUACCCAGGCACUCCAGCUGAUUUCAUUCCUGGUUCUUUAGCAUGUUCUCAGCUUCAGAAUUACGAUCCUGACAGAGCCCUAACAGAUUAUAUCACUCGGCUGGAGGCACUGCAAAGACGACUUGGAACUAUACAGUCAGGUGCUCUAAGUUUAACCACAUCUUGGCAGCACCACAGUGCUAGACCCACAGCUCCCCUUUUUUUGAAAUUCUUUCACACUCAUCAUUAGGAUAAUCAAAGCUUCCAGUUUAGUGCAUGAGCUAUUAAGUUAGCCAAAGCUUAAACUCUUGUAACCAGCAGAGAAACUGACUUUAAAUAAUUUAAGUGAAAAUAUGAUUUAUCACCCCAGAUCUCACUCCUCCCAAAAAUGAUUUCCUACUAUCUUCAUUCAGCGGACUGAUGACACAAAUGCACAAUGAGCACCAAUGUGCAAGGUACUCUGAGUCUACAGAGCCUUACUGGAGAACGUAUUCCUAAGUAGUGCGUGGCAGAAAGUGGUAAGGCCGUGCCACAGCACUCCAGCGUGGGCAGCAAAGUGAGACCCUGUCUCAAAGAAAAAAAAAAAGUGGUAAGGCAUACAAAUCGGGUGGAGUUAAGGAGGAAGCACUUGCUUUAAGCACUUAAUGUAACCAUUUUCCCUGCUACUAUAUGGUGCCUUUAUGUAUCAUCCAAAAAAAUUAUCCCAUUUUAAAAUACUUCGUAAGGAUUCUUUUAUUUUUCUUUGUUCAAAAACAAAAAGCAAUUCAUACUUUAAAAUAAAGGUGGAUUCCCUGUUCAUGGAAGGAAAACCUCUUUUCCCUUUCUCACUUCAGUUCACUCCUGAUUCAAAGACUUUGAAUCACUUAGUAGUUUCUCUCUUCCUUCAAGAAAGCAUUUGUUUAAACCCAAGCAUCUUGUAGUAAUAGGAAACUUUUAUUAUCAUAGCUGAGUGUGCUUGUUGGUUUGCCUUGGCUUGUUUUGUUUUGAGCAUCCAAAUUUCACAAAACCCAGAUUUUGAAGACCAAAAGAUUUUUCAAAAAUGUAUGAGGUAUAGAACAUUCAACUUUUGAGAGCACUUUAAAAAAAA